UUUCCUUCAAGCUGAACUAUUAAGAGGACUUAUUUCUAGUCCCCCAGUCCCAUCUUGUUUUCCUUCAUCAACAUCACUAAAUUAGCUGUUUUACCCUCAUCAUCACCUUUUGUGCAGCUCAGGAACAGGGUAGAUCAGAACAGAACGGAUUGAUCAAGCAACACGACACAUCCAACCUCUCACCCUCAUUCGUGCAGUACCAACAACUGACAAGGGAGAAGGAAGGAUAUCAGGAUAGAUUGGAUGACCAUGCCACUUUCUCGGCCAUCUCUAUAUUCCGUACGGGAUAUACCCAUCAAAUAUGCUAGAGUCAGUGCAAUCCUCCGUAUGCUAUGUAUAUGUCCAGCACUAUGGGGUAUUUACAUUCAUCUACAACAAGCCAAGCGUGUCCAAUACAGGGAUGCCCGUGAGCUCAUGACCAUGAAGAGCUCUGCACUCGAUAAUUACGUUGGGAUACUCUGGUGUAUGCUCGGUGGACUAUGGGGUGUGUGGUUUACCAACAAUUUGAUCCGCCGAUGGUUUAUUCGUUAUGAACCUCGACAUGCCAUCAUUCGAUUGUUCACUCUCGCUACCAUCUUCUGGUUCUCUGUCGCUUCAUUUGUCAGUUAUUUUGGUGUAGACGAACCGAUCUGGCCAUGGAUGGCCAUCUGUGCUAUCCUUGCAGUGGCUCAAAUCAUUCAAACGAUCCAUUAUCGAUUUAGAGGCAUGUAUAAACAUAACUCACGCCCACUUGAUUAUGAUCGGGAUCGGGAUCGGGAUCGGGACUAUAGUCUUCCUUAUCAGCACAAUGGCAAUGUCGGUAGUGUUGGCCUCGAUCCUCGUAUCAUCAUUCUACGCACAGUCCUUAUCCCAGGUGGCGUUAUCUCAUUUCUUACUAUGAUGAUGCUUCUCCAUCAAAACAACACUCGUCCCUCCUCUGCUGAAAUUUUGGCCUCCACUGGAGCCACAACCAUCGCUUCUCUCAACGCAGCAAAGCAAAUCAUGGGCACUGCACAGACUCAAAUCUUGAUCUUGAUCUUGACCUCAUGGACUCCCAAAGGAUUUCAGAAACGGCAGGUGUUUCGAGAAUCAACCCUUCGAUUGCUACCACCAUCCUCUUCCCAAUUUACAUUCAAGUACAAGUUUAUUUUGGGAGAACCACCCAACGCUAAAGCGAAGGAGAUCAUGGGCCCCAAAAUCCGAGAAGAACAGGACCGACACGAUGAUCUUCUUAUUUUGCCUGUCUCGGAUACUUAUGAGGAUUUAAGUCUAAAAGUGUUCAAGGCUUUGGAGUGGAGUAACAAGUUCAGAUUUGAUUUUUUGUGCAAGACAGAUGAUGAUAUCUUUGUCCGCUGGGAUGUAGUUGCUCAGGAGCUGGUGGAUCUUGGACCGACUCAUUAUUAUUGGCGAGGCCUUGGUUACUGGGAUAUUAAACCUAUUACCAACCCAGAAAAUAAAAAUAUUGAGAACCAUUUCAAACUAGGCGUUUUCCCACCAUUUGUUGCAGGAUCACUUUACAUCUUCUCCCGAGACGUUGUCACCCUUCUUACUUACCCUGGCCCACGCUUCUUCACUAAGAAUGAGGACCAAAACAUCGGGAUCUGGCUCCACGCUUACAAUAUCAAACCUAUUCAUGAUCGACGGAUUCAGCAGUGGGAUGUCUGUGAGAACGAUAUGAUUGCUAAACAUUUUAGUGAUUCAUUCACCCCACUUGAGUCUAUGCAUGAUAUGUAUAAAAACAUUCAGGAGGGUCGACCUUUAUGUCAUGGAUUCCGGCAAUUUUAUUGUGCAGCUUGUUAUUCUUGUGUAGGCCGGAACAACCACUGGAGAGACUGGGGCGUGGCAUGCGACAGUGUCAAAGGGAUCACCAACAUCAACAAACAUGGACUCUACCAGGGCAAGGCCUAUGUCGAUAUCAAGGAUCCUAUGCCAGCACUCAGUAAAAAAGACGAAUGGAUCCUCCCGGGCUUGUUAACGGAUGCCAGUAGUAUCUACUCUGAUACGGAUGAUUGGGCAAGGCUGCAUUGGGCUAUUUGGACCACAGACCCUGCGACCACAUGGCAACCUCGUCAUUUCCAAGCGAUCGAGACACUCUUUGUUCAUAACCCCAAUGCAGUCCUAAUCAUCCUCUCUAAUACUUUACCCAGAGACUUUUUUGCAGAGUACACACAGCAGGGUUAUCAACUCCAUGUCCUAUCCUUCUCAAAGGAAUUGCUCUUGAGGCGCAAAUGGUUCUUUAGUCCCAACACUGAGGAUUGGUUAUCACGCUGGGAGGAAUGGGAGGCUGCUGGAAAGUUUUUCCCUGUUCAUCUGGCUGACUACUUGCGUUUGGUGGCGCUGUACAAGUACGGAGGACUUUACAUGGACAUGGAUGCACUCUGGGUUCGUGCUCCUGGUGAUGGUAUGACCGAGUUUAUUGGAUCGGACAUGUCUGACACAGAAAGUGAUCGUGCAUGGACUUUGGACGAUAAGAACACCUAUCUGGCUAAUGGGGUCAUGCGGUUCCAGCGUGGGAGAUCCAUGUUCCGACAUAUCGCGGACAGUUACUUCACAGUGACAAACUAUGAUCCAGAAUGUUUCAACUGUGGGGGGCCCAAGGCUUUUACAAUCUAUGUGAGAGAUCAUCGGGCUGCAUUAGAGAACACUGGAUUGAGUAUCUUGAACCGUGCAGUUCUUUACCCUUAUAACUGGAGAGAGGUUGAAGGAGCCAUUCGACGAAGCUCAAACGCAGAAGAGGAAAUUCAAAGAGUGGAACAACAUGGUAUUGGGCUUCAUUUGUAUGGAAAGGUGACCAGUAGGAAACCAAUUGAGGAUGGUAGUGUGGUUGCAACGGCUAUCAAGCUUUGGGGAUUGGACCUGUUUACUCGAGGAUCAUCGUCAUCGUCAUCAGCACCGACAUUACAAGGACCUGAAAAACUGGUCUAUCCUAUGACCAAGUCGUCUUCUUCUUCUUCUUCUUCUCUUACGACCUCAAUGACACCUAUGAAUUCAUUGUUUGAAAAAGUACCUGGAGCGUUCCGAGGAAUAGAUGCAGUUUUUGUAAGAGGAGGGACUAAUAGUGCUACUAUUACUGCUACUGCUACUACUACAGAGUUUAGUAACAACACGCUCAUUACAAAAAGGGCUGCCAUCCUGAUCGUUGUUCAGGAAGGUUACAUAGUCAUGGAUGCGUCUGCGGCAGGUACGCGACGGGUUGAGAUGGAUCUAGGAGAGAAUGUGACGAUGGCACAACUCAACACAGCACUGUCCAGGAUACGCUACUUGCCUCCCUUCCUCCCCACAACGAUCACUAGGGGAAAUAUAAAUACAAAUACAAAUAGAGCACAACAAGAAUGGGAUGGAACCGACAAAAUCACGAUUCAGGUCACAUUUGGUGAUAUGCAACGCCAGUUGGUGAUUCCUGUCCUACAGAAAGUAAUCAAACCCUAAAGAGGAGGAAAAGGAGGAAUAAUAGCCUUUUUUUCUUUUUUUUUUCUUUACUUGAUCAA